AACAGCAGCCGCCGGCGCCGGGGCUGCACUUGCAUAUAUACCACUGCUCAUCCUCAUGUGCGCCAUUAUCUCUUACAUCGACCCCAUAACUGUCGAACUGUAAGACUCCCUGUCGAGGAGCUUCUUCAACCCUCAAGCGCGACUAAAUCAUAACAAAAUGCGUGAGUGUAUCUCCAUCCACGUUGGUCAGGCUGGUGUCCAGAUUGGCAAUGCCUGCUGGGAGCUUUACUGUCUGGAACAUGGGAUCCAGCCGGACGGACAGAUGCCCAGCGACAAGACCAUCGGAGGAGGAGACGAUUCCUUCAACACCUUCUUCAGUGAGACUGGAGCUGGAAAGCACGUCCCCAGAGCUGUGUUUGUUGACCUGGAGCCCACUGUCAUCGAUGAAGUGCGUACUGGGACUUACCGCCAGCUGUUCCACCCUGAGCAGCUGAUCACCGGUAAGGAGGAUGCUGCCAACAACUACGCCCGUGGACACUACACCAUCGGCAAAGAGAUCAUUGACCUGGUGCUGGACAGGAUCCGCAAACUGGCCGACCAGUGCACUGGCCUUCAGGGCUUCCUGGUUUUCCACAGCUUCGGAGGUGGCACCGGCUCUGGUUUCACCUCCCUGCUGAUGGAGCGUCUGUCUGUCGACUACGGAAAGAAGUCCAAGCUGGAGUUCUCCAUCUACCCAGCUCCCCAGGUGUCCACCGCUGUGGUGGAGCCCUACAACUCCAUCCUGACCACCCACACCACCCUGGAGCACUCUGACUGCGCCUUCAUGGUAGAUAACGAGGCCAUCUACGAUAUCUGCCGUAGGAACCUCGAUAUCGAGCGCCCUACUUACACCAACCUGAACAGGCUAAUUGGUCAGAUUGUGUCCUCCAUCACUGCUUCCCUUCGUUUCGAUGGUGCCCUCAAUGUUGAUCUGACCGAGUUCCAGACCAACUUGGUGCCAUAUCCCCGUAUCCACUUCCCUCUGGCCACAUAUGCCCCUGUCAUCUCUGCUGAGAAGGCGUACCAUGAGCAGCUCUCAGUGUCUGAGAUCACAAACGCCUGCUUUGAGCCAGCCAACCAGAUGGUGAAAUGUGACCCUCGCCACGGUAAAUACAUGGCUUGCUGCCUUUUGUACCGUGGUGAUGUGGUGCCCAAAGAUGUUAAUGCUGCCAUUGCCACCAUCAAGACCAAACGUACCAUCCAGUUUGUGGACUGGUGCCCCACUGGUUUCAAGGUUGGCAUCAACUACCAGCCACCCACUGUGGUUCCUGGUGGAGACCUGGCCAAGGUCCAGAGGGCUGUUUGCAUGCUGAGCAACACCACUGCUAUUGCAGAGGCCUGGGCUCGCCUUGACCACAAGUUUGAUCUGAUGUACGCUAAGCGUGCCUUUGUUCACUGGUAUGUGGGUGAGGGUAUGGAGGAGGGAGAGUUCUCUGAGGCCAGAGAGGACAUGGCAGCUCUGGAGAAGGAUUAUGAGGAGGUCGGAGUCGACUCUAUUGAGGGUGAGGGAGAGGAGGAAGGAGAGGAAUAUUAAAAAGGGACAUGAAGGCACUAAACAGGAAAUAAUUGAUUCCAUUUGUUCUUAAAUACAUUCCAAAAAGAAAAUGUUUGUGUAUUAAUUUGGCAGUUCAGAAAAACACUACAGAAAAUGUUGAGUUUGGAAGUUAAGUUCCUGUGAUAGGAAGGCCAGAGGGGGCAUUAUCAGAGUGUGAGUUGGAAGUAGGAAGGAGCUUACUCUUUGAAGGGUGAGAAAGAGGACUACUGAAAGGGACAUAAAGCACUGGUGAAACGGGAAACAAUUGCUUAGAAUUUUAUCUUAAGGGCAUUCCAGAAAGAAAUGUUUGUCUAUCAAAUAUACGUUUGCCUAUUUUCAGACUAUGAAAUCCAACAAAGUGUCAGUUUGACUCUGUUCUAAAUAAAUUUCCUGUAACAUAUGAAA